AUGUCGACCCCUAACACGACCGACGGCCAGCCGCAGCCACAGUAUGAGCCCAUCAGGAUAGAAAACGGCGACCAGAUCGGCAUGCUGGUGGUGUCCAUCUUCUGCAUGGUGGUGCCGACCAUGACGGUGAUCAUGCGCUUCAUGGCGCGGGCGCGGGUGGCGCGCGAGUCCCGGUUCAGCACGAGCGACUGGCUGCUGAUCCCCUGCCUCGCGGCGCUGUACGGGCUCAGCGUCGCAAACUUCCUCAUGGUGUUCGAGGGCGGCUUCACCUACGAGCAGGCCACCAUCCCGACGCGCUUCGGCCCGGACACGCUCGUCGCCUUCUUGAAGUGCAUGGCCGCCUGGCCCAUCAUCUGGAACUGCGCCAUCUUCACCUCCAAGCUGUCGGUCCUGCUCAUGUACAGCAUGCUCAUGCCCGUCCGCUCCAUGGUCCUGGCCGUCCGCUGCACCGCCGUCUUCCUCGCCCUCUACAACCUCAGCGGCAUCAUCGCCGGCUUCACCAUCUGCCAGCCCUUCAGCAAGAACUGGGACGUGACCGGCCAGGAGCCCGGGAGCUGCGGCGACGUCAGGUUGUUUUACCAGUGGCUGAGCGGCAUCAACGUCUUUUGCGACCUGCUCCUCUUCCUGCUGCCCAUGCCCGUCCUCUACACGCUGAAGCUGGCCCCGAGGAAGAAGAUUGUUCUGGCGGCGCUGUUGUGUGUUGGUGUUUUGACUGUCAUCAUCACAAUCUACCGUCAAACCCUCCUCACCAACAUGGACAACACAAACGUGACGGGAACGACCCUCUUCGCCUUCCUCUUCUCCAAUCUCGAGAUCGCCUUCGCCGUGAUCCUGGCCUGCGUCCCCCUCCUCCGGCCCUUGUUCCGCGGCACGUUCGGCGGCGGCGGCAGCAGCAGCAACAGCAACCCGCGCGGCACCGGCAGCAACACGCUCGUGCCGCCCACCAUCGGCGGAAGCGGCGGCGGCGGCAUGAGCAGCGGCCGCAAGUCCAAGCCGGCGAGCCGUGGGUUCGCCGAGCUCGACGACGACGACGACGCCGACUCAGCCGGGAGCAAGGUCGAGCUGCAGACGUACGGCAACAAGAAGAACGCCAGCGUCUCCCUGGGCGACAGGGGCGGCGGCGGCAUCAUGGUGGAGACGAGGUGGGAGGUUGAGAGUCAUGAGAUUGCGAGGGAUGCAACCAACGGCCAUGCCAUGCACAAGGUUGUCAGCCCUGUAUAA